AUGUUAGACACUGUAGGAGUAGCAAUUAUGUCCCUUGAAGAUUUCGAUGAAACAUUCGCCAGCAUAGGAGCAAAAUUAGAAAUUCCUAAAGGAAAUGGGCCUUAUGUUUUUCGUGUACAUGGACAAGUGUAUCAUAAUACAUAUGCCCUUCAUCCCGAUGGUGAUGACAAUCAAAAAUAUGGUCAGUUGUACAUUAUUGCCACUAAUGAAGCAGUACUUGAACGAUUAAAGAAUAAAUCUAGUAAGAAAUGUUUAUCAUCAUUAACGGAAGAAAUAGAUAAAUUAUUAAGGGGAAUUAAUCCUUAUGCUAAAGCUUUUAAAAUGAUGAGAGAGGUAGAAUUAGAAGAAGAAGCACUAGCAAAAUCUAAAAAUGAGCCUAUAAGGAAUAUUCAAAUGUGGAUUAAACGAGACAGAUCAUUGAAUCAAAGCAAAUUUAAUGUUCCAUCUUGUAGUGAAGUAGCACUUGUAUUUCUUAGCGAAGAUGGUGAACCUCCUAUGGAACGUGAUAUAUAUAUACACCCAAAAGGUUUAAAGAGUAUUCCAAUAUCUAGUCUUAGCGAAAAUGUUGAUCCCAUGACAUAUCCUUUAAUUUUUCCUCAUGGUGAUCCUGAAUGGACUGUUAACCUUAAGCAUACUCAAGGUGAUGUCUGGUCGAAAGUAGUUGGUAAACGUUUAAAAUACAUUCGUUUAAAACAAAAAAAACUCCGAGCGGAAUUGUAUUGUGGAUUAAUGGAUUAUCUUCCGAAUAAAGCAAAAGAGGAAAAUGUUCGACUUGGAAAAAUGAUUAUUUUACCUUCGACAUUUAUUGGAGGGCCACGUUGUUAUCAAGAAUGUUUUAUGGAUGCUAUGCGAUUAGUUCAAGAAUUUGGAAAACCAAAUUUAUUUAUUACCAUGACAUGUAAUCCAAAAUGGCGUGAGAUUACAGAAAGUUUGUUGGAUAUUGAAACUGCAUCUGAUCGUCCGGAUAUUGUGACUAGAGUUUUUCAACAAAAAGUUUAA